AUGUUGGUUGAAAGUUCGUUCGCGGCUACUGCUGAAACUAGUCUACUGAAUGUAUCCGAGUAUCAAGACCCAUAUGCUGCAUAUGAUUGGGUGUCACUUGCUGAAACUUAUCAGAUGAUCCACAAAUUUCCCGAACAGUCCCAGGUAAGCUUACUUGAAGCUGUUCCAGUUCCUGAUGCAAUGAAUCUGAGUGAAGCAACACAUCCAAAACUUCAAGUAAGUUGUCCAGAGCAAUGUGUAAUGCGUAAGGGAUCAGAAAAGUCCCUGACUUCUCUUGUGUAUAGUCGAAGGAAGAGGAGCGUGAAACCUGGGGAAACUGCGGAGAAUAACCCACAAAAAGACAAGACACGGGAUGAUUUAGUUGAUGACUCUGUUGUCCCAGUACAUGACCCUGGAGAUAGCAUGAAAAGGAAAAAUCGCUUCGACAACUGUCUUGUCUAUAGUAGAAAGAAAAGAAGAGGGAAAUCCAUUUGUGAUUUUACUGGAGAAACUGCGAUAAUGAGUGAUGGGCUUGAUAAUUCUUUUGUCUCUGAACAUGACUGUGGGGAAACCAAGAGAAGAAACAAUCGGUUUGAUAACUGUCUUGUGUAUAGGAGAAAGAAAGGUAGAGUAAAAUCUAAUAGCUGUAGCUUUAGCGAACAUGUCUCCAGAGAAACCAAGAUAAGCGAUGAUCAAGCUGACUCUUUUGCAUAUGAACAAAGGGAGCAGAUGCAGAUAGUUAUAGCUGAUGGUGCUUUUACCGGACUUAGCCCUGGGAAAAUUAAGAAGUGUGGUGAUCACCCUUUUAACAGCCAAAGCAAGCAGUUAGUGAAAUCUAAUGGCAGUUUUACUGAGAGUCGUAUUGGGGAAACCAAGAUAAAUGGUGAUAAGUCUAAUGCCUUGCUUAUGUAUAGCCGGAGGAAGCAGAGAGUGAAAGAUAUUGGUGUUCGGGUUAAUGGCUUUCUAGUGUAUACCCGGAAGAAGCUCAAAGCGAAAUCCAGAGGUAAUUUUACUGGACAUGACCCAAGAGAAACCAAGAAAAAUGGUGAUCAACUUUCUGUCGUCAGUGCUCAUGCUCUUUCAGUUCCUCGGAAGUACGCAAAUAGUGUUUCUCAUAUUGAACAAGAGAGCAGUGCUCUAGAACUUAUAGAUGAUACCCAAGUUACUGACGUGACAUGUUCGUCUGAUGGAACAAAUAACAGCUGCUCUUCAUUGAGUUCCAGUUCUGAAAUUGCUUCAGGUCCCAGUAAAACUCGAGAAGAUGAAGCUACAGAUUGCAAUUCCUCUGAUGAUGGGGUGUCUGAGACAGAUACAGACGGUAGUAGCAGCCCCUUCAGACCGUGCAAACAUUGUGAUAAGCCAGUUACUAUUGAAAAGAUGCUAAUUUGUGAUAGAUGCGAAGAAGCAUAUCAUCCAAGCUGCUGCGGUAUUCGAAUGAAAGAAGUUGCAGAGAUUGAUGACUGGCUCUGUCCAUCCUGUUUGAAAAUGGAGACAAAGAUUAAGGCGAGAAUUUCACGCAAACGGAAAUUGAGAGUUAGAGGACCUUUUGUAAUAGGAAUUCGAAUAGGAAAAGAGUUUCAAGCAGAUGUUCCAGACUGGUCAGGUCCAACCAUGAGUGAUACUUCUUUUGUUGGUGAACCCUUGGAAAUUGAUCAGUCAGAAUAUAUGCAUGAUCUGAAGAAGGCCAAGAAUGGUAAGAAACCACAUUCUCCAGUGAAUUGGCUCCAAUGCAGAGAGGAGAAUAAUAAUGGAGACAUAUGCGGAAAGUGGCGUAGGGCUCCUCGUUCAGAGGUACAGACCAAAGACUGGGAAUGCUUCUGCUGCGUCUCUUGGGAUCCAUCGCGUGCUGACUGUGCUGUCCCUCAGGAACUGGAGACAAGUGAGGUCCUUAAACAACUCAAGUACAUCGAGAUGCUUAGACCUCGUGCAGAUGUCAAAAGGCGAAAGCUAGCACCCAAGGGCCGAAGCAGAUCUCAUAACAAAGGAAAAUCUUCAUAG